AUGAACCCCCGAUUCUUCCCGAAGAAGUCAAGUACGCCAUCAGGAAGCUGAAGGUCGGAACGGCCGCAGGACCCGACAACAUCUCAUCCGAACUGCUGAAGGCUGGAGGAGACUCGCUGUACCGACUACUUGCCCGGCACUUCUCCAAGUACCUGAGCGAAGCCUCUAUUCCUGAACAAUGGAAAACGUCCAAGACGAUCCUCAUUCCGAAGAAGGACCUCACCGACCUGAACAACUUCAGACCGAUCUCCCUAUUAUCGGUCGUCUACAAGUUGUUCACCAAGGUCAUCGUCAACAGACUAGAGAAGCAACUCGACAACUUCCAACCGCCUUCGCAGGCUGGCUUCCGACGCAACUACUCUUGUCCCUUGUUUACAAGAAAAAAUUUUGAUUGGUUCUCAGGGAUUGAAAUAUAUCAUUCAACCCGUCUCAAGGUGCUCUAUCGUUUGAUAACGUUUUAUUCCGAUUUAUUGGAAAAGCUCUGA